UGUCGGGGGCGGGGGGAGAGCAAACCUUUAACACAAUCUCGGCUCAUGUCAUCCAGAGGAGCGCAUGGAUCUGCUGCCUUUACGCACCACCGACGCCGCGCUCUCGGAUGCUGCACAGACUGACACCAGGAGAUCGAAGCAUCCUGCAAAUCGAGAACAGCGUGAUUCACCAGCAUUACCAGUAGACGCCUGCCGGAACCAAGCCCACUGACGUUAGAAGCUUAAGUGCACCGUGCCGGUGAGGACUGCGUUGCUGGCGAUGGAGCGGUGGAAAGGCAGAGUGGCCCUGGUGACCGGAGCCUCCGUGGGCAUUGGAGCGGCUGUGGCCCGGGCGCUGGUCCAACAAGGCAUGAGGGUGGUCGGCUGCGCCAGGAAUGUCGACAAAAUCGAGAAGCUGGCGGCCGAAUGUCAGAGCGCGGGCUACAGCGGCACACUGAUUCCUUACAAGUGCGACCUGUCCAACGAGGAGGAGAUCCUCUCCAUGUUCUCGGCCAUCAAGACGCUCCACAAGGGCGUGGACGUAUGCAUCAACAAUGCCGGACUAGCCCAUAACGAGCCGCUGCUCAGCGGGAAAACGGAAGGCUGGAGGAAUAUGAUGGAUGUGAAUGUUCUGGCCUUGGCUAUCUGCACCCGGGAGGCGUACAAAUCAAUGAAGGAGAGGAAUGUGGAUGAUGGGCACAUCAUCAAUAUUAACAGUAUGAGCGGGCAUCGAGUGGUGCCAAGUGCUGACGUGCAUUUCUACUGUGCCACCAAAUAUGCGGUGACCGCCUUGACUGAGGGAAUACGGCAAGAACUGCGGGACGCGAACACCCACAUCAGAGCCACCUGCAUAUCUCCCGGGAUUGUUGAGACCGAGUUUGCCUUCCGUCACCACAACAACGAUCCGGAGAAGGCAGCUGCGGUGUACGAGAGCAUGAAAUGUUUAAAAGCAGAAGAUAUAGCCAGCGCAGUCACAUUUGUCCUGGGUGCCCCUCCUCACGUCCAGAUCGGAGACGUUCAGAUGAGGCCAGUGGAGCAGGUGUCAUAGCAGAGCCGACGGCAAGGGAAAGCUGCAGGAGGAGCCCGCCUCGCACGUCAGCAGCAACGCCGACCCAUUGGCAACCUCUGCUGGGCGUGGGAGGGAAGGGGGCGGGGUUAGUACAUCUUCUACGGCGGGUGCAUGUGCGGAAAGGGACACCGGGGGUCGGGGAGGACCGGAGGCGGUGAAGUGAAGGUCGUGGACUUUGUAGACUUUUGAGAAAAUACUACUGAACGCAGACAUCGGUUUGUUGACCUCAGUCGCGCACGGAGACCACACCCCACGUGCGGCACGAGCGCUACAUCAGGCCGCGCCAAACGGCCGAGGGAAGAGGAUGCUAACGACUGCACACUGUCUUUAUUAUGAUUUGAUUUUUAGCUGAUGUCACAUAUCUCUCUUUGGAAUUUCCUGGAUUUCUUGUUGAUAAUAAUUGUUAGUUUUUCUACGAUGGCGGUCCCUUUACCUCCUGAGUCGAGUCUGGGCGGACCUGCUGUCAUCAACCGGGGGUGUCCAAACCUUUUCCACCAAAUGAAAGCACGCGGGGAGGGGUAACAAAUACGAGGUCAGGAACCCACAAAGAUGACCUUUAGUGGAAGUGUAGUUUUUUUUCCUAUUAAAAAAUAAUCACUAUUGUAUGCAGGGACCCCAAAACCCUCUGACACGUAAUAUUACCACUUUAUUCCCAUAAAAUUACCACAGCUUUAUUUUUAUUUUUUUUUUAGGUUUUUUCCUCAGAAAUUUAUGAUUUUAUUCUCAUAAUAUUAUGACUUUUUUUCAUAAAUUUACAACAAAAGUCGUUAACUGUAUAACAAGUAUUACUGUGCCCCUGAUACUUGGCUAUAACAAUUAAGUCAUAUAUUCUAAUUAUUUUUAUUCAUAUCUCUAGAUAAACUUCAGCGCUAUCUGUCAAUUUCAUCAUUUUUAUUACUUUUUUAUGAUUUAUGCGCGUUUGGUAAAAAAAACAUUUUUUAAAAAUUUGGGCUGCACAGUGAACAAGUGGUUAGCUCGCAUGCCUCACAGCUAGGGGACCCUAGUUCGAUUCCACCAUCGGCCACAAGCAGAAAAUGAAUGAAUGAAUGAAUGUUUUAAUCAGGAAUUGUUGGAAUAUUUUCCCAACGUGGAAUAUUUGUUAUGGAGUAGGUGGAGCCUCGCAUUGGUCAAGAAUUCGCUGAUUUUGGUGCAUUAUUAUUUUAAAGUUAGUUUAAAAAUAUAUUAAAAAUAUUUUUUAAAUCCCCAUGGUAAAUGCAAUAUUAGGAGGUAAUUACCGCCCUGCAUUAUUAUAUUUUGACAAUUUUUCUUAAAAAAAAAUCAGUCAAUAUGAAGUUUUUAUUAACAUUUUUUUGUUCAUGUUUUAUGCCCAUUUUUGUCCCCAAACUCGUGUAUUUGAUGGCCAAACUCGUGUCCAAUGUAGGUCAAUGUAUUGCUAAGCUUCCCGAACAAAACAUCGAGCUCCCAACUUUCUGUCAAAGGCGACAAAACAACUUGGCGUUAUGACUCAUCAUGAAUUUUGUGCACAAAACGGCCCCCGGGCUUCACUUUGGACACCCCUGCCACAUUUUCACUUGAUUCAAUGGAAGUACUUAACAUUCUCCGAGGCUUGCCAGCGUUACUUCCAAUCCGGGUCCACCCACCUGACCUUCAAAUGAAAUACGACCACUUUUAAUCAGUCAGCAAAAAACUAACGAUAGCGUUUGUGUGCAUGUUUAAUUUCUGCAAUCCAAUUUCUUUUGGUCGUGUCAUUUCAAUCCAGCACUUUGAAUUGAUUGCCGGGAGUCAUUGAAGGCAACAUAUAGGGAACGCAGAUCUAUAGCUAAUCUAUGUACUGUACGUCAUGAAAGAGGAAUCACUAGGUAAGAUCUAACACUAGACACUACAGUCUAGACCAGGGGUGGGCCGCAUUGAUUUAACAAAAUUGAUGGGGGGGGGGGCAGACUCGAUAUUUUACACGUAACAGUCCACCUGGAAUUAUUGUAUCUGUAUCUGUAAAAGUGUCAUGCUGUCUGCUAUAUGUGCACUUUGAGAUCAUUUAUUUUAUGUAAAGUGUGUUAUAAAUUUAUAAUAAUACAUCUAUUAUUAUUUUAUAUGAUUUGUUAUUUUAUGUGUAUUAUUUUAUAUUAUUAUUGUUAUUAUUAUCAUUAUUACUAUUAUUAUUAUUAUUAUGUGCUCCCUUUUUUCAGGAGCACUUUUUAAACAACAGACCACAUCAAAUAACGAAAUUGCAGCUACUUAAACCAUGAAAAUGUAGGCUCAAGCCAUGAUGCCAGCUUCUAUGUUGACUUUAAAUGAAAUACUUUGGAAAGAACGGGCGGGCCGUAUUUCAACACACCGCGGGCCAGAUGUGGCCCUCGGGCCGCAGUUUGCCCACCCCUGGUCUAGCCCCUGUCCAUGCCGGUGUAGGACUUCAUAAGCAUUCUACGUACUUUGCACGUGCACGCUGUUAGGUCACGUGUGACACGUUGAUAUGACGCCACAUACGAGCAGCAUGACCUUUGUAUUCCCGACACAAAUCCGACUUUUGUUAUUUUCCUCAGCGAGGCCCUGUUGCAUUAUUGUAUCUGACCUAAUAAAUACGUCACACACACACAAUUUGGUGUAUU